AUGGAGAAUACUACUUUAUCUCAAGACAAUCGGACACUCGGACCAUGGACCGAUUACAGCACUGAAUACAAAGCGGCGAGCAUAAUAUUAGUGACCCUGAUCUGCGGCAUAGGAAUAGUGGGAAACGUUAUGGUGAUCCUUGUGGUACUUACGACCAAACAUAUGCGGACUCCUACAAAUUGCUACCUGGUCAGCUUGGCUGUGGCCGAUCUAAUGGUUCUGACGGCAGCUGGACUUCCAAACAUUACCGAUAGUCUGUUCGGAGAGUGGGUGUAUGGAUAUGCGGGGUGCCUCUGUAUUACAUAUCUCCAGUACUUGGGCAUUAAUGCGUCCUCGUGCUCCAUCACCGCGUUCACGAUUGAGCGGUACAUCGCCAUUUGUCACCCGAUUAAAGCACAAUUUAUGUGCACUCUCUCCAGAGCGAAAAAGAUCACAGUGGUUGUUUGGACAUUGACGUCCCUCUACUGCGUUAUGUGGUUUUACCUGUCUGAUACGCAAGAGUUGGUUUAUGAUAACAUUACUCUUAUCACCUGCGCCUACAAAGUAUCAAGGAACCUUUACUUGCCGAUAUACUUUACAGAUUUCGCCGUGUUUUAUGUAGUGCCCCUCAUGUUGGCCACUGUCCUUUAUGGACUGAUCGCAAGAAUUCUAUUCCUCAACCCUCUACCUUCAGAUCCCAAGGAAAAUACAAAAAAGUGGAAGAGGGAUUCGUCACUGAGAUCCAACAUGACAAACUCCAAAUCCUCCGCCUGCAGCAGUACUACAGCGACCUCACGCAGACAGGUGACUAAAAUGUUGGCGGUGGUGGUCAUCCUCUUUGCUCUCUUGUGGAUGCCCUACCGUACUCUUGUGGUGGUCAACUCCUUCCUAGAAGAAGCUUACUUGGAUACCUGGUUUCUGCUCUUCUGUCGCCUCUGCAUUUACCUGAACAGCGCCAUCAAUCCAAUCAUCUACAAUGUCAUGUCCCAGAAAUUUCGCGCUGCCUUCCGCAAGCUGUGUCACUGCGGACCCCAGCGAUCUGAAAAGCCUCCCAGUUACAGCCUGGCACUCACAUAUAGUGUCAUCAAAGAGACCUCCAAUGGAGAGAGUCCUGACCAUUUCACUACAGAACUGGAUGAGUUGGCUUCGCCUAAUGUGGAGUUCCUGUCUGGCAAAAAGAGACCAUCGUUCAAGAGCCCCACAAUGCCUGACAAGGCUGUACUCAACAGUGCUUAA